CGCCUGUUCUGCGACAUCUGUGACUGCUUUGACCUGCACGACACCGAGGACUGCCCCCAGCAGGAGGGCGGCGACCCUCCCGAGCCUCAGCGCCCCCACCGUGUAGCUGAGCGUAACGCUGCCCCCAGGCCGUAUUGUGAAGUUUGUGAAGUGUUCGGCCACGACACGGACGAUUGUGAUGACAAGCAAACCUUCUAAAGACUCAUCAACUGCAUCAACUGCAUCAACUUCGACAUCAACUGCAUCGAAGUUGGGUGUUCGGCUAACAUGUGAUGAAUCAACUGAUAUUGUUUGAAAAAAUUGUACAUGAUAUUUUCAUGACAAUCGAGAGGGGGUAUCUUAACCAUUAUACAGACAAUCAGCUGAUCAUUACGUUCUGAUGAUCUUAUUAUUACCUUUUGGAUUUAACCCGAUACUUGAGGCUUGGUAACCGCGCAAAAAAAUUAGGCGGUUUUUGACGCGUGUUUGGUUCAUGGAUGCAUAUGAAUGAACCAUGAAAGUUAUGCUCGACUCGCGCUCAGUUCCUGUAUAAUGUUACAAGGCAUAAUUCAGAGUUACGUGUCGUUUAGUCCAUUAUUGCGAAUUAUCAACAUCUGUUAUGGUUCUCGAUUGAUUAAAGUUUGAAUAGACACUUCGAUUCGCGUCUUAAAUAUCUGAUGAGAGUUUUCAGUUUUGGUGUCAAAUAUUGAUUGAUGUGUAAACUUAUGUUCAACUUGAAAUGAAUACUCAAACGAUGCAGCGCAUGAGUGGCUUUAUGUCUAGUGUAAUAUUUUUGCGCUGUUGCAGCCGUUAUUUGUUAUUUAUGCUUAGAUUGUUUUAUCUUAGUUGUGAGUUUUUGUGUUCCUUUCACCGAGUGUCAUGAGAGCUUCCUAAAUGUGCAGUGAAUUAUGUAUGUGGCUGCUCUCAAUGCGUGUUGUUACUAAAGUUAUUCUUCAAUAAAAGAAAAAUUUUUUUUGUUUUUUAAUUUUUUUUAAGUAAUAUUUUAAUUGAAUAUACUAUCGAAAUGUCUUCAAAAGCCUAUAAUUUCAUUGUAGUGUGCAUGAUUUAUUAUUAUUUUUUUUGAGACGUACGAAAUAUCGAAGACAUGAAGAUCUCCCACUGAUGUAUAAUUUGAUAAUUCGAACUAUCAAAUUAUUCGAUGUUGUGAAUGCGUAUGAUUUUACAGCCUAAUUAAAUAUCCUUGCUUAACUGAAAGCCGUUCCUAAACUGAAUAUACAUUGCUGACUAUUUAUAUUAACUAUUUAUUUAUGUCGCGUUCUAAUACAACUUGAAAUUCCAUGGGUGACGCUAUACUUUAGAAACUUUGAAGCAUUAGCAUAGUGAAGGUGUUCCUAACUACAGAUGUCUUAAGUAUCUAGACGCAAGCUAUUCUGAUGUCUUGCUUAUUGUGUCAAUUAAGGUUCCUCCCGUACUGUAGGGUACAAUGUGCACUAUUCUAUAAUGUGUGAUGUAGGGUUCCAGUCGCUGAGUUAUCACUGUUAAGUUACACUCCCUAUGGGUUCGCUGUAGGGUUCCAGUCACUGGAUUUGCUGUAAAGUUACAAUCCCUGAGUUCGCUGUAGGGUUCCAGUCGCUGGAUUUGCUGUAGGGUUCCAGUCGCUGGGUUUGCUGUAAAGUUACAGUCCCUGGGUUCGCUGUAGGGUUCCAGUCGCUGGGUUUGCUGUAAAGUUACAAUCCCUGAGUUCACUGUAGGGUUCCAGUCACUGGAUUUGCUGUAAAGUUACAAUCCCUGGGUUCGCUGUAGGGUUCCAGUCACUGGAUUUGCUGUAAAGUUACAAUCCCUGGGUUCGCUGUAGGGUUCCAGUCACUGAAUUUGCUGUAAAGUUACAAUCCCUGAGUUCGCUGUAGGGUUCCAGUCGCUGGAUUUGCUGUAGGGUUCCAGUCACUUGUUUUGAUGUAAAGUUACAAUCCCUGGGUUCGCUGUUGGGUUCCAGUCGCUGGGUUUGCUGUAGGGUUUCAGUCACUGCUCCGAGUCUUUUGCAUGAAAGAUUUUUGGCUGCGAAUUCCGCGUGCGCGCCUGGAAUUUUUUCUGUUUAUACAGUUUCAGUUCUCGAUAUUAUAUAAAUGUGUAUAAAUGUGUUCGUUAUGCAUGUCGUAAUUAAAGCCCUGUUUUAGGCAUCAGUUGAACGAUGUUUAAUUAUACUUCCGUUCGUAUUUAUGCUCCACCGAAUAAUGUCUUCGUUGUUGAUAUUUUUGAGCCAAAAUGUGUUCACGCCUUCAAGUUAUAUCUUGCCUUAAACUUGCUUAGUUUGUGAUGCAUCGGUUUGAAGACUACCUUAUUGGUAUGAAAUUAAUACAGUUCUCUCUAUCUAUUCAUAAAGUUGAAUGUGUAGUCUAACAUGUGGUUCAUGGAGCUCUUUUAAGUUAUAUAUUUCUGCGCAAUUUUUUCCGCAGCUGACUCUUAAAUUAGAAGUAUAUGUGUGGGCUUGGUUAUUGAAUUUGAUGUUUGAUUGUUAUCCUUACGGUUCUGAACAACGUCCCUUGUUAUUACGAAAUAUCUGUGCCUUAUCAUAGUACCUUCGAACCUAUAUUUGAUAUGGCGUAUAGUAUAUAAUAUAUUUCGUUAUUGAUAUGAAAUAGAAACCAUAGGUAUCUAUUGUUGUGCUCAUUCUAAAUUCUGGGACGGAUUUAUCCAGCCAACGAGAGUAGGAUUAAGUACAUAUGUUAUAAGCAUGUUUAAAUUACAUGUAAAAAAAUGUAAAAGCUAAGCAAAUACCGGUACCUAUUAAAUUUACUAGAAUUUGAAUUAAAAAUUGUUCAGUUUGUGAUCAAAUUAUGGUGAAAUAAUAUAGCAUUUUCUUUACUCUAAAUCAUCGAGUAAAAAUUUAAUUUUUAUUGUCAUAGGCAGUGAGUAUUGUUGCAGACUUGAAUAUGUUGCAUGGUAAUGUGAAUUUAUAGUUCUGUAGCGUGGCUAUAGAAAGCGUUACAGAAAUUGAUGCUUAACUCAAGCAUAAAAGUGAUUUAAAAUAAAGUUUUUUGCAUAAGACACUAUAUUUUAUUCGAAUCCCUGUUUCUCAAACGCUAAGAAAAUUCUUAUCCGCAGA